CCGGUUGUAUUAUUGCACUGUUACUGGGAGUUUGCGGAGGUGCAGUGAGGCGGAGGCGAAGGGAGAGGACACAGAGAGAGCUGGAACCGCCAUGGCUACCGACUUCAAAUCAAUUCCUUUAAUUGAUGUAAGCCCUCUUGUGGACAAGUGGGAUCAUCCGAACAUUGGCCAAGACGAGGGCGUGGCCGAAGUUGUUAGACAGCUAGAUCAGGCUUGUAGAGAAGCCGGAUUCUUUUAUGUGAAGGGCCAUGGCAUCCCUGAUUCUCUCAUCAAAGAGAUUAGACAUAUAUCGCAUGUUUUUUUUGAUCAGCCAAAUGACAUGAAACUCAAGAUUAAGCUCUCUGCAGCGUCUGGAUACAGAGGAUAUCAGUGGGUUGGGCAAAACAUAACCAAAGGCGCCCCAGACAUGCAUGAAGCUAUUGAUUGCUAUAAAGAAGUGAAAGAUGGAAUGUAUGGAGAUCUUGGAGAAGUUAUGCAAGGAUCUAAUCAAUGGCCGAGUAACCCCCCAGAUUUUGCAAGAUUGAUGGAGGAAUAUAUCAACCUUUGUACAGAUCUGUCGAGAAAGAUAAUGAGAGGAAUUGCUCUAGCAUUGGGUGGGUCUGUGGAUGAAAUUGAAGGUGAAAUUGCUGGAGACCCAUUUUGGGUUUUACGUAUAAUAGGUUACCCUGGUGCUCCCUGCCCAAAUGGCCAGGAUAUUCCCCAAAAAGAUAUUGGAUGUGGAGCUCAUACAGACUAUGGACUAUUAACACUGGUUAAUCAGGAUGAAGACAUUACUGCCCUGCAAGUAAGAAACAGGUCAGGUGAGUGGAUAUCUGCACCACCCAUCCCCGGCACAUUUGUAUGCAAUAUUGGGGAUAUGCUAAAGAUCUUGUCAAAUGGCAUAUACGAAUCAACCUUGCACCAGGUCAUCAAUAACUCUCCAAAGUUUCGCGUUUGUGUGGCCUACUUUUACGAGCCCAACUUCGAUGCAUCAGUAGAGCCACUGGAAGUGUGUGUACAGAGAACUGGUGGGACAAAGAACUUCAAAGGAGCUGUUUAUGGAAAGCAUUUAGUCAGUAAAGUUACUAACAACUUUGUGAAGUUCUAACUUUUUAGUACACAUCUAAUGGGAAUGGGAGUCGGUGGGGUUCGAACUUACCAUCAAACUACACUUUGAUUCCCCAACUUCAUAAUGUAUUAGGUUAUCAGGAAUCUUUGUUUGUUUGAUUUUUUCUUGUGUUAACUGUUUAGACAAGCUUAUGUUAUUCUUUGCUUUGGAUUUGGCUGAUUAAUCAUUUGAUUGCUUCUUCAUAGAU